UUGAAGGGUUUUUUAGACAAAUAUUUCUGUUUCAUUGAAAACGUGACCAUUGCCUCUCAGAAUAUAAGCUUGGCAAUGCCCCUCAAGGGUGUUUAUCUUGUGCAGUCAAAUGACUUGUCAACUGUCAAAGCUGGUCGCGGUCAUUGGUGUCCAACAGUCUUAUUGGAAUUGCAACUCUUCUGACUAUCCCGGUUAAAGUGCUCACCCGGCGGUGAUCUGUUUACAAACAAACGUCCGGUAACAUGGCAAUUGCCGAAACUUGCUCUUGAACCAAUAAAAGCAUUGUGUGUCCCUUUUCCCACAACACACCACCCCCGUCCGCGAGUCGCAGCCGUUCGCUGUGACAAAAUCGCAAUGAAACGACUUUCUUAUCAGCAAUUGUGCUUCCCAUUGUUUAUGCUAAUUUGUAACGUGUAAAACGAGUCGCAAGGUGAAGUGGAAAUUACGGACGAGAUAUCUCCACCGUAAGCUCAGUGGUACGAGCGCAAUUCAACUGCCGAAUGAGCGCCCGAAGAAUUUGGUUUCGUCACAACAGUUUUGCAAACGACGACACUGAUCACCAGCAGAGAUCAGGCGCAGGAAUUUCGAAAUCGCUGGAGCCACGUCUGGCGCACAUUCGUAGGGUAGGGAGGAAACUAGCUACAAAGUCAUCACGGAGCAACUAACACAAAUGUUCACGUCGCUCAAGAAUAAAAUCAAGGAGGAAACGGGAAAUGAAGUCCCCGCGCUUCCAGCCCGCCUGCCGAGCUCGAGCGGUAGCCGCUACAGCCGUGGCAGGCUAUCCUCAGCAGCCAGUAUUGCGUCACUCGACGAUUGGGAGCAGAAAGAAACCGAAAUCAACAAUCUCCGCGUGCAAUGCAACGAACUGACCUCCAAGCAUUGUGAGCUUUCCGCGCGGCUGGAAAAACUCGAAGAGGAGAAAUCGCGUCUCGAGAAAACCAACGAAAUCCUUCUGGAAUCGGUGCGGGUGGCGCAGACACAGAAGGAUUUGAUCUGCGCCGAACAGGAGAGCAUACAAAACAUUCAACAGGCGGAGAUCGCCAAACUGAAGUCGUUGCUUUCGUUUCGGGAACAAGAAGCUGUUGAUCGAUUGGCUGUGAUAAAAACAAAUCAACAACAAAUUGAUAAUCUCAGAACGGAACUGGAACGACUGAAACCCAUUGAGCCGAUGGCGGAAGAUUUGAAGGACGAAUUGGAGCGGUUUCGUCAUAGUGCUCAGCUCGAAAAAAAUAACCUCACAACAACGCUGGCUGCAGUUGAGGAGGAAAAUCGUCAUUUGAAAAGUCGACUACAAAUCGUAGAUCAGUCUCGAUUAGAGAUAGUUGCAUCCCUGAAUUCUGAUGAGAAAGUGCAGGCACUGGCGCAAGAAAGAAAAUUACUUGAGCAACAUUUAGAAGAGGCUCAUCUGCAAUUAUCGGAUAUAAAGAGUUCUUGGAGUGGACAGAAUUUAGCUUUGGAAACACAAUUGAGUCGUCUUUCGAAACAAGUCGCCGAAGAGACGACGGAAAAACGGAAGGCCAUCAAAGCUAGGGAUGAGAUGAGCGAGAAAGUCAAGCAAUUGGAAUUUGAUUUGGCCAAGUGGAAGGAGGAGGUUCAACAACGUGAUAAUAAGAUUGCGCUGCUAGAAGAUGAAAUCGACGAACUAACAUCAGCUUUAAGGGAGUGUCGUCUUGAAAAUGAGGAGGAGGUAGCAUUUUUACGUAAUAAAGUCGAAUCACAAAAUGAGGAAAUUCUCGAUCUGAAAAAUCGCCUUAAUGCCGCAGAUGAACGUUUCAAUGAGUUUGUCGAGAAAUCGGAGCAGGUCACGCAAGCUUUACGCAAACAAAAUACAUCCCUUCAAGAGCAGCUACAAAACAUUACGAAUGCAUUUGAAACUGAAAAGCAGGAGAAGCUUACAGCAUUAUUACGCAAUGCAGAAAUAUCCCAAAGUGAAGAAAUCCUUAAAAAGGAACUUCGAAUCGAACGGAAUGAAGUAACAGAACUACUUGACAAAGUAGAAGAGCUUGAGAAGGCCUUACGAACGAAGGACGAUGAAAUUUUAGUUUUAAAUUCCAAACUAGAGGAAUUGAGUGCAGCGAUUAGUAGUCAAAGCGAUCAAAUUGCACACGUGAAUGAUCUCCAUACGCAGCUAAACGAAAAGAACAAGUCAAUAAAGGUGCUCAACCAACGACUGGCUGAUUUGAAGAAAACAUUGCAGAACGAAAUAAAAAGCAGUAAUUUUAGCGAAACGAAUGUUUUAAUGGCCGGAUCGGUUAUUGGUUCAGAGAAAGCAAUUCACAAUGAAAUCCGAAGUAAUGGCAAUUCAACAGGCGGCUCUAUUAUUAUGGACGAAGUGAAUUUUAAAUAUUUGAAACAUGUGAUAGUGAAAUUCUUGACUAGUCGAGAGGUCGAGGCACGGCACUUAAUACGAGCAGUUGCUACUCUACUUCAUCUAAAUACCGAAGAAGAAAAACUCCUCCACGACACCCUGACGUGGAAGAUGAGUUGGUUCGGAACGAAACCGGAUCAUGGCCAUGGCCAGCGGGCAUUUUCUAUACCGCCAAGUUAAUAUCGAAUAACAGCUGUAGUACUUACUAUUCUUAUAAAGGAUUCGAUACGAAUCUUCCCAUUCUCGGAUGGCGCUUCCAGGAUAAAAUUGUCGCAUUAAUCAUUCACGCACACGAUUGCAGAGAACAAAGUUGAAAUAGAGAAUCCCAAUCCGAAAAACAAAAGAAAAAAACAUAGAAAAUGACAAUAAAACAUUUUGAAAAUUUGAAAGAAAGAAGGAAUCUUUCUGAGAAAAUUAUGAGCAGCUUUAGGAAAAAGAUACAGGAGGAAUAUUGGAAGUAUACAAUUAGAUCUUGAUUCGUUUGAGCGAGAGAAGCAUCAUUUAUACGUCACUUAAUCGUUAAGAAAUAGAAUAAAAUAUUAACCAAUUAUCACCCAGAAGCUGUUUACUGACCAUCACCUACUACGCUGAUUCAAUUCACAUUAGAAGUUAGAUUAUUGCAUGAUCAAUGUAGAUAAGGUUCCCAAGAAAUCGAAGCCAACCUAGCAAAAAAGAACCUUGAAUUUUGGAAUAGAUACAAUUGUUAACAAUUUAUUACUAUCACUAAUGAAACAUCACCAUCCUAGGCCAGUUCAAUUCAACAUCGCAUUCCAAAACAAAAAGCGACUGAAUAGUAUUUAUCAGUAAAUGAGUUAAGCCAAAAAUAAUAUCAGUUAUCAUAUUAUUGUAUGUAUUGAAUGAAAUGUGUAUUAAUUAUGAUAAGUGAAUCCAGCAUGUACUAUAUUGUUCAUAUGUUCAUAUAAUUACGAUGCUAACCAUGUAUUAUCCUUUCGCCUCAUUUUUCAUUUUUUGAUUCGAAUUUCUUUAGUUUAGAAAAUGCUGUGUAAUUCGACUAAUGGAUGGAAAUUUGCAUUUAUUAAGUUUGUGAUUUUAACAUGAUCUUAUUGUUUUUGACAAGACUUUUUCAAUUAAAUUAUUAUGUAAAACUAA